AUGGGGGACGAGUAUCAUGAAUCCUCACUUUCCGCGGUUGGCGCCGCUGAAGGCGGUGCGGCAAAGGAGAGCUUCGCGCUUACGGUGAAAAACAAUUUCGAGAGCCUCCAUCAGCGAGGAUUCGCUCCCAACGACGCUGCGGCUCUGGCUCUGAAGAUCGCCAUGGGAAAAGCGGAGCUGCUAGCAGCAAUCUCCAAAGCGCGUGCCAGCAGGGCAGCGAAGGCCAGCAGUGCAGCUCAGGACAGCCUCCACGUGGCAGAGCUGAUCCCCAAGGUGCUGUCGUCAGCAGACGCUGUGAGCCUGGUGUUCCUAGCCAUGCCGGAGGGGCUCUCCAAGGGCAACCUGCUGGGCAUCGACUCGGCGACUGUGAAGCUGUUUUACGACGGAGUGGCAAAUCUGGGCGAUGAGGUGGCAGCAGCAGUGGUAAGAGCCAGCGAUCGGCUGCUCACAGAACUCGUCCAAGCCAUGCCGCCCCCCCCCUCCUCCACUCUCGCCCACCACCUCCCCACCCCCCCGCGACCCUCCCGCCCGCCCGCCCUUGUCCCCCUGCCUGCACCUGCCACCGCUGCCCCCACUGCCACGGCUGGGAGUGAGAGGGAUGAUGCCACUACCACCGCUGCUGCCACCACCAACGCCACCAGUGCCAUGGACGUUGAUACCCAACCUGCACUGCCGUCAACUGCAGCUGCUCCGCCUUCUGAAAGCCUGGCCACUGAAGCCCCCGCGGGUGCAGCAGCUGCCGUGGACACAGGUGCAGGUGCAGGUGCAGGUGCAGCAGCAACAGCGGCGGGGGCAGCGGCAGGAGCAGCAGCAGGGGCGUCGGGCAGUGCGAAGAGGAAGGUGGACUCGCUGGCAGCGGCAGCAGCAGAGGAGGGUGCUGGGCGAGACAAGGAUGAGCCGUCGCCAGCUGUCAUGCGCUCCCUGCUCUUCCUUCUCGACAGCCCUUUCCUGAUGGAGCCCGAGAACCAUCCACUGUACCGCCGUCUGUGCAAGCUGCUGCUGGACCUGCCGCCACUGCCCCGCCAGCAGCUCAUCUGCACCCUCGCCAGCUACGAGCGGGCGCACCUACAGCAGGUGGUGGAGACGGCACAGCAUGUGAUCACCAUCCAGCUGUACGAGGCCCACCGCCUGGUUGACACUGUCAAGCUCGCCACACGCGUGCUCGGGAUAUUCUUCGCGGCAAACGAGAGGGGUCAUCAGCUACCACACUCGGCGUUCUACAACGAUGCGCUCAACAGUGACGAGUUUGUGGACCUGGAGCAGGACUACAGCAAGUGGAAACACAGAGACAGGUACCUUGACCCCUUCACCCUGUGCGAGCACCCAUACAUCCUCGAAGCAGCCAGCAAAGCAGCGGUGCUGCAGGUGGAGUCACGGGUGGAGAUGUCCCACCGCUUCCAUGACGCGCUGCUGGGGAUGGCGCUCAGAGGCCUCACGGGCGCACACAUGGCGAACCCCUUCUGUGUGUUCAUCGUGCGGCGGGAUCACAUUGUGGAAGACGCUAUUCUGCAGGUGCAACAGCACGCAGGGGACUUGAAAAAACCGCUCAAGGUGAAGUUUGUGGGCGAGGAGGGGGUGGACGAGGGCGGCGUGCAGAAGGAGUUCUUCCAGCUCAUCAUGCGCGACAUCGUUGACGCCAAGUUUGGCAUGUUCACGUACAACGAGGUAACUCGUUCCUUCUGGUUCAGCGCAUCCCCCAUCGACAUGCCGCUCGAGUUUGAGCUCGUCGGCACCGUGCUGGGUCUCGCCAUCUACAACGCCCACAUCCUCGAUAUAAGCUUCCCCCUUGUCGUCUACAAGAAGCUUCUGGGGAAGAAGACCUGCCUGGACGAUCUAGCCGGGGUGGACCCGGACCUGCAUCGAGGGCUCAAGGGGCUGCUGGCAUUCCAGGGCAACGUUGAGGAGGUGUACUCGUGGUGCUUCGAGGCGUCGUACACGGACGUGUUUGGCUCGCCCACCACGGUGCCGCUCAAGGACGGUGGCGAGAGCCUUCCUGUCACCAACAGCAACCGGGAGGAGUUUGUGGAGCUGCUGGUGGACUUCCACCUAAACAAGCUAGUGGAGCGCCAGUUCGGCCCAUUCUCGCAUGGCUUCCUGCGCCUGUGCGGCGGCCCCGUGCUGCGCCUCUUCCAACCCGACGAGCUCGAGUUGCUCAUCUGCGGCAGCCCCGUGUUUGACUUUGAAGAGCUGGAGAGGAAUGCGCGGUAUGAGGAUGGGUACACCAAGGAGUCUCCCGUCAUUAAGAACUUCUGGAAGGUGGUGCACGGGCUCGGGGACGCAGAGAAGAGAAAUUUGUUGGCGUUUGUGACGGGGUGUGACCGCGCGCCCAUCAAGGGCCUGGCGUCCCUGCCCUUUGUCAUCUCCCGAGCUGGCCCAGACUCCGAUCGGCUACCAACAGCACACACAUGCUUCAACCACCUGUUGCUGCCUGAAUACUCCAACCUUGACAAGCUGCAAACGCGGCUACUGACGGCCAUCAACAACUCGCAAGGGUUCGGGCUCAUGUAG